AUGGUCGAGCAGGUUGGCGGUAUGCUGGCCUACUACCUCCUCUACACUGACGCUGCCAACCCCAGCGGCAACAUCACUGCCUUCCCCGAGGGUUUCCAGAUGAUCUCUGGUGACAAGCGCCAACGUAGCUUCCCCUACCCCAUUCCUGACAACGACAAGUCUUCGUGGACUGCCAACCAGAAGACCCAGAGUGCUCUCUCCCAGAAGGCUCUCGGUUUCAACUGCUUGAACUACGCCGCCAACCCCGAGGCAUCUCUCUACCGUCACUUCUUGCCCGACAAGGAGUACCUCGACGCCAACUGCCUCGAUGGUAUCCGUCUCGAGCUUAUGUUUCCUUCGUGCUGGAACGGCAAGGAUGUCGACUCGGACGACCACAAGUCCCACGUCGCCUUCCCCGACCUUGUCAUGAGCGGUUCCUGCCCUGAUGGCUUCGGCACCAAGCUCCCCUCGCUCUUCUUCGAGACCAUCUUCAACACCUAUGCCUUCAAGGGUAUUGACGGCCAGUUCGUCCUCUCCAACGGCGACCCUACUGGUUACGGAUACCACGGUGAUUUCCAGAUGGGCUGGGACAGCAGCGACUUCCUCCAGUCUGCCGUCGACACCUGCACCAACGCCUCUGGCGAGAUCGAGGACUGCCCUCUGUUCAACAUCCAGACCGAGGCCCAGGAGCAGCAGUGCACAUUCAAGGACGUUGAUGCCAUCAAGGACGACAACCCUCUUGGUCCCCGCGACGGUCUCCCCAUCGCUGUCCCCAUCCAGUCCGGUCCUUCUUACGCCACCAGCUACCCCGUUGUCCUUGCUGGUGACGAGACUCAGGCUGCUGCCACCUCGACCAAGGCUUCUGCCCAGGUCACUUCGGCCGCUUCCUCAUCCGCUGUUGUCCCCACUCUGAGCUACACUCCCGGUACGUCGUCCGUCACCGACAAGUACGGUGGCGGCAUUCUCCUUGCCAACACCGCCUCGUCGUACGUCCAGACCGAGUCCGCCUCGACCGUCACUGCCGCUGCCUCGCUCGCCGACGCCGAGACUGACGCCGCCGGCAACAUCAUCGCCACUUCCUGGUCCACCUCUGGCAACCAGGUCAUGCAGAUGAUGAUCGAGGAGGUCGACGUCACUGUCACCGCCACCGCCGUCGAGACUGCCAACGCUUACGCUCGCCGCCACGUUGGCAAGGAGCACCGCCGUGUCCGCGGUCACCCCGCCGCUAAGCAUCUCAUUGUUGUUUACCACCAUUGGGUACUGGCAGGCAGGUUGUUUUUCCUGGAUGUAGCAAAAACUUCCUUUUUAUACCUUUUUUUCUUGAUGACCCCCUCUAUCUUUUUUGUGUUUUAUACUGAUGGAGAGUUUUGCGACCAAGUUAUAUCCCUUCUCGUUUGGCUUCUUUUCCACGCUGAUCUUUUUCCAUCGCACAUCCUUUCCCCCCCCCCCCCCCCCCCCGUUGUCUGUUUGUUCGAUAUACAAAUGCUGCAGUUUUAUCAGGCCCAAGUUUAUGAUCACACGAUCGCGCGCGCUUCCCCCAUCAUCAAAGACUACUAUCAUUGCGGGCAGGUUCCUGCAGUUUUGUAUAAAAGAAUCAUUCUAUCAUUAAGUCGAUCUUGUUACUCAUGUUCAAUGCUUUGUGAAGUGACGGUAGCUAUUGACUGGGGUUUGACUUGCUUGCCACCAGUGCAGCCCAUGCGCUAG